AAUAAUCGACUAGACUUAAGCAUCCCUACACUGCAUUAAAAUAAUAUUGAACAAAAAAUCUGUAUAUUUUACCAUAAAAAAGAAAUAAGAAAUGAAAAAGUCAAAAUGAUUUCGUUAAUCUUAUCCAUCAGUUAAUGCUUUAAAUAAAAAGUGUGAAAAGUGAAAUAAAAAAUCGCGUCGAGUAUCCCUGAAGAAAAAGGAAAGGAAUUUAUUUCGUCUAUCACUGUUUUGCUUCACAAACAAAUACAUAAAAUAUCGUUCGUACAGCAGCAAACAAAUAAAAAAAGGAAAAAAGAAGUUAAAAAAAAAACAAAAGUCCACAAUAAUUGCCAACGCCUUGCCCAUUGCGGAUAUUGACUGAAAAAUGGCACCGUUGGCCGGUUCAUCAUUUUCAAUUGACACUUGGAAAAAUGAUCCACCAGAUGUUGAACUGAAAUGUUUUCUCCCAAAUGGCAUUUUUCUAUGUUUGAAUGUACCUGCAACGACCACAAUACGAGAAGUCAAGGCAGAAAUGGUCAGACAAGCAAGGACAUACCCCCUGAAUAAUCUUAUCAAAGACGCGUGUGAUUAUGAAGUUAGUGGAAUUUCAGCAAUUGCAUUGGUUGAACCGUUCACAGAUGAGACCAAACGUUUAUGUGAAGUACAGCCUUAUUUUUGCCUUCUACGUUUGGGUGAACGUUCUGAAACUAGCACAAUAUCCAGUGAUUAUGAACUAUCGAAAUUAGUUAGUAAUAUGAUUGGUAAAUCAUUCGAGGACUAUAGUGCGCAACGUAGCCCCGAGGAGGAUGAUUUUCGGCGAAAAAUGUCAUUGCUGUGCGAUGAAAUCGAAUUAGAACGUUCCAAAUAUAGUUGGUAUGAGAAACUGUUAUACGAACAUCCAUUGCGACUAGCCGAUACACCAGAAAUGCCAGAGAUAAUAAGGAAACGUUUUCGAAAUUCUAACUUUUUAGUUGUGGUGAAAUUGGAGAACGAUGAAACAUCAUUCACAAUUUCGGUAAACGAUCAGCACACACCAAGAACUUUAAUCGAUUCGGCAUUAUUAAAAGUUCGAAAAUCACAAAUUAAAGUCAAUGAUCGGGCCACGGAUUACAUAUUAAAAGUUCGUGGCCGAGACGAGUAUUUAUUUGGCGAUUAUCCUCUCAUACAGUUUAUUUAUAUACAGGAAAGCCUUUCCGGGUCCGAUGUACCCAAUGUAGUUUUAAAAGCCAUCAACACCUUACAAUCGUACAUAAGUUAUAAGCAAGAAUUGAAUGCAGUCCUUAAAAGACCACCCAAGCCCGAAAGCUUUCGUCAUCCAUCAAAUGAAAUGAAAAAACGCAACGUUAAAUGCUCUUGGGAUUUAAAUCAACCAUUUCGCCUGCGUCUACAUCGCAUUGAUAAUGUGAAUUGUGAUUUGGUGCGAUGUUAUAAAGUCGGUGUUCACAUUGGCCUCUAUCAUGGCGAACAUAAACUAUGCGCUCAACAUUCAUUUGAUAUUGCCAGCAGUAACAAUCGAUCAUUUAUCUUUGAAAAGGACAUUGUCUUCGAUAUACCCAUACAGAACUUGCCACGCAUGACCCGACUUUGUCUGGUCAUCUAUGAAGUUACGAGAUCAUCACGCUCCAAGAAAUCAUCAAACACCAACAAUAGCAAUACCCUGCUGAAAGAUGCCAAUGUUAACAUUAAUUCGCUGGCUUGGGUGAACACAACAGUUUUCGAUUACAAGGAACAACUGAAAAAUGGUUGUUUAUCGCUAUACACAUGGACAUAUGCCGAUGAUAUACAAUCGGAUGAAAUAUUCCAUCCGUUGGGUACGAUAGAACCAAAUCCUCGUAAAGAUGAAUGUGCUGUUGUACAGCUAACAUUCCAUAAUUAUGAAUACGAUUGUAUACAGUAUCCCCUCGAGGAUACGGUAUUACAGUAUGCCACACGUUUGGCGGCAUGCAAUGAACCAUUGGGUCGCAUUAAAUCACAAGAUUGUCCGGUGCCAUCAUCAACGGGUGCCGUCAGUAAAGUUCUAUCCCAGUAUUCUCGCACAUUUAAUAAAAUCUACGAAAUGCACGAUCAAGAUCGCAACGAUAUAUGGGAGAAACGGUAUAUCAUUAAAAUUGAAGAACCCGAAGAGCUGUCGAUACUUUUACAUUGUGUCAACUGGAACAAACGUGAUGAAGUAGCUGAAAUGUGGUAUUUAUUGAAGGAAUGGCCAACCAUAUCUGUGGAAAGAUCAUUGGAACUAUUAGACUAUGCUUAUCCAGAUCCGGCAGUUAGAAAUUUCGCUAUAAGAUGUCUAAACAAUUUGAGAGACGAAGAACUGCUGCUGUAUUUGUUGCAACUGGUUCAAGCCAUGAAACACGAAUCUUAUUUAGACUGUGCCCUGACGACAUUCAUAUUGGAACGGGCAUUACGAAAUCAACGAAUAGGUCAUUACUUCUUUUGGCAUUUACGUUCCGAAAUGCAAACGCCAUCGAUGCAGACCCGUUUCGGUUUAUUAUUGGAGGCAUAUCUAAAAGGUUGUAAGCCACAUGUCCCGUUGUUACGCAAGCAAUUACAAGUGUUGGAAAAGCUUAAACAAGGUUCGGUGUUGGCAAAGAAGGGUAGCAAGGAAAAAGUCCGUAACCUGCUACAAGAGUUUUUGCGCAAUCAACGCAACAGCGGGAUCUUCCAAGGCAUACAAAAUCCUUUGAAUCCUAGUUUUCGUUGCAAAGGUGUUAAACCGGAGAAAUGCAAAGUUAUGGAUUCGAAAAUGCGUCCACUGUGGAUUGUCUUUGAAAAUGCCGAUCAGAAUUGUAAUGAUAUUUAUAUUAUAUUCAAAAAUGGUGAUGAUUUACGGCAGGAUAUGUUGACAUUGCAAAUGUUAAGAGUAAUGGAUCAGCUGUGGAAAAAUGAAGGCAUGGACUUCCGCAUGAACAUUUACAAUUGCAUUAGUAUGGAACGUCGUUUGGGUAUGAUCGAAGUGGUAUUGAAUGCCGAAACAAUUGCCAAUAUCCAAAAGGAAAAGGGUAUGUUCUCAGCGACAUCACCAUUCAAAAAGGGUUCCCUCUUCAGUUGGCUCAAGGAACACAAUAAAACCGAAGAAGAAAUGAAUAAAGCCGUUACCGAAUUUACACUAAGUUGUGCAGGUUAUUGUGUGGCCACCUAUGUUUUGGGUGUAGCAGAUCGACAUUCAGACAAUAUAAUGGUUAAGAAAAAUGGACAACUUUUCCAUAUAGACUUUGGUCACAUUCUGGGCCAUUUUAAAGAAAAAUUCGGUGUUCGUCGUGAACGUGUUCCUUUUGUACUAACUCAUGAUUUUGUAUAUGUUAUAAAUAAGGGUCAUGCUGAUCGUAUGGCCGAGGAGUUUAGAUAUUUUCAAGAAAUGUGUGAAAAGGCAUUUUUGGUAUUACGCAAACAUGGCUGCCUUAUACUCUCAUUAUUUAGUAUGAUGAUAUCAACAGGACUGCCAGAACUUUCAUCAGAAAAGGAUUUGAAUUAUCUAAAAGAGACUUUGGUUUUAGAAUAUAGUACAGAAAAAGCACUCGAACAUUUCCGUUCGAAAUUUAGCGAGGCUUUAGCCAAUUCCUGGAAGACUUCACUCAAUUGGGCUUCACACAAUUUCUCUAAAAAUAAUAAACAAUAAAAGCACGUUAUUAAAAUACUAUGUAAAUGUAACUACACAAACAGACACACACACACGUCCAAUCCCCCUGCAUGUUCAUCUCGAAACAACAACAAAAACAUCUCAAAAACAUAUUGUUUUGUUUAUUUGUAUCUAUACACACAACAACACAUAUAGAAACAUAAAAAUUAUUAUCAUUGUUUCGGUUAAUGAUCCUCCUACUCCUCUGCCUCCUCCUGUAUAUUUAAGAUAUAUACAUAUUUCCUCCUUAACUAUUUUUUGUGAAAUAGUCCAAGGUGGAUUUCGAAAUAAGAUAGAGGAUAGACGAUAUUGAAACCAUGGUACAAUGAUUGAAACUGUAUUCAAAUUUAAUUAAUAUUGGUCGACAAUAGGCAAAAACAGCUAGAACAACAAUAAAUUGCAUAGAACGUCAAUGUAGCCUUUGUUCGUUCUGUAUCCUCAGAACAAUAGAUUAACUAAUUAUUGGAACAAUUUUGGCAAAGUCUUUAUUUUUGCUUUGUAAUUGAACAGGAAAACCCCAAACACUAAUGUUUACUUUCAUUUUUUAAAUUAUCCUUUUUACUUGGCCCUCCGUUUCAAGUAGAAUAGGGCGGUUAAAUGAAAGUUAGAAACUUCUCAUAAAGUAACUUUAAGUCGCUUAACGGACUAAAUUUUACCGCAUCUAUUACUGCAGCAAUCAAAAGUCCAAUGAUUUUUAAGUCAAUUCCGUCAGAUAAUAACUUAUUUUUUGUAUAUUUGCACAUAUUUAAAAAAGGAAUAUACAUACAAAUUAAACGGAUGAUAAUAAAAAUACUAGUAUUUUGAGCCAAUUUUUUUUUCAAAUAUUUAGUCGACUAUUUUCCAACUUUUUUGUAGAAUUUUAUUGUGUUCAGAGAGUAAAUCAAGUUUUGAUUUCGCAUGCCCAUGGUUUUCAAAGUGUUGUUUCAUAAAUCAAGUCUAUGGAUGUCAAAAGUAAAUGACUGCGAAAAAACACGCCUGUUUUUUUUUUUUCAAAAUUUUGUUUGUUUGUAUAAAAAAUCAAAAUUUUGAACAUACCCAAAACAUUGAUGUUUUUCGUUUGCAUUAAUAUUCUUUCGACACAUCCUUAAUUAAAAAUGCAAUAGAAUCCCGUUAUCCUCCUUUCUUAAAAUACAUUCAACGAAUAGUAUCGAACAAAUCAACAUAUGCAAUAAUGCGGGAAUUAUGUGUUUGAAUUUAAUUUUUUUAUUAAAUAAUUUUCGUUUAGAUGUCUCCCUGCCUUCUAUUCUUAUUUCGAAAAUCAUCAAUUUGUAUCAAUCAAGUGUUCAGGUUUUAUUUUCUUACUUUAUAAUACUACUAUAGAAAAUAAACGUGAUUUACAUUUCAUUUGUAAAAUCUUUCAUAGCGAAAUUUUUUAAAUAAGUGUAAUUAUUUUAUGUUACUGCUAUUAUUUGCUAUUUUGUAAUAUGAACUCUAAUUAAAAAAGCAUAAAAAGUUAAAUUUAAAUAUAUAUUAAGAAAAGAUACAUAACAAAAGUGUUCAACACAAACUUUAGACUUAGAAGCGAAAAAACAGAAGGAACCCCAAGCAACGUCAUUAUGAAUUAACUAAAUAAAGGAAUCAUACAUUAAACAAACAAAAAAUUAAUAAAACAUGGAAAUAUUGCGUAAUAACAAUGAAAUUAUCUCUAGUUACAUUUAAAAUCUAAAACAAAGAAGAAGAAAAAACAUAAUCGCAUUAAAUCUUAAACUAAAUAAAUUGUUGUGUUGUAAACUACAUACAUAUUUAUAUAUUAGGAGGAACAUUUUGAAAUCGCUUGAAUUGUAUGUUUAAUAAGAUUGCACGCAUAACAAAAAUUAACAACUCGAACAAAAUAAUUAUGAAAGCAAAUAUAUAGAUGCUUUUCCACCAAACUAUCUCAAAAUCCAAUUUUCCACAAAUCCAUUCUCUUUCCCUCCCCUCCAAAUCUCCUAUUCAACCUCUUUAAUAUAAAACUUGCGAUUUCUAUACAUAAUUUUAGUUGUGAAUUUUCCAAACACAAAGUCAUUCAAUUUCUAAAUGUUCCUACCAAACGUCUACCCCCUCUACAUAAUCCCCCUAAAUUAUAAAUGUUUAUUUUUUAUAAAAUAUUAAGUUUCUCAUAAAUAUAUUUAAUUGUUCUUA